AUGGGUUUUCCACUGCCCGGUGGCCGCGACCCAUUCAUUACGCAGGCCAAGAUUCAGGCUGACCGUGAACUGCUGCACACAGUGACGUACGUGGGAAACAACAAGGUGUACGGAUUACUCUCCCACGAGCGACCACCGAUGCGGGAAGCGAAGCUUGAGAAGGAAGACUUCAGCUCGGCCAUACUGACGAAGCUGGACAACGUACAGAAAGGUUUCGUCGACAGGGGCAAUGUCCCGGCGGUAGUGGACCAAACGUCCCACAGGCAGUACUUCGGAAACGAAAACAAACCCGAUGGAUUCUCCAGAGGAGUCGUCGAUUUUUUCGAGAUGCUGUCGAACAUUUUCAAUGUCUUCGCUGAGAAAAUUCCCAAGGGUGCCAUCAAGAGUUUGGACAAGAGUGUGCUGAAUAAAUUGAACCAAAUUGGAACCGUCCUGGUCGGCCUGGAAGAUCCGUAA